AAGGAGUUUAUAAUCUAUCAUGAUAUCAUCCUAAACCUACGAUCCUCUAGCCAAAACCCUACCUUCCUCUCCAAGUCUGCAACAUUAUUCCUGUCGCAAAUUCCCAGCGACGAGAUUUCCUCCUGUCAGCGACGAGAUUUCUUCCUGUCAGCGUCGCUAUCUGUCUGUCGCUAAUAACCAGCGACUGUUUUCUUUCCCAGCGACGAGAUUUCUUCCUGUCAGCGACGAUAUCUGUCUGUCGCUAAUACCCAGCGACUGCUUUCUCUUUCUGUCAGCAACGAGAUCAGCCUGUCGCUAUAACCAGCGACUGUUUUCUUCACACAGCCGGCCGUCCACUGACACCUCCGCUGCCCUCUACACAUUAACAUCUCCUUUUCUUGUCUCAUGGCGUCUCCUCUUCACCCCGCAGUCACCGUAUCUAAUAUCCGACAACUCAUCCCGAUCACCUUAGACAUUGAAACCGCUCACUACACUUCGUGGUCGGAACUCUUCAAGAUUCAAUGUAAGGCGUUUCAAGUGUACGACCAUCUUCAGCCCCAAACCACUCCUGCUACUUCUUCUGAUAAAGAUAAGGAAAAAGAAAAGCCUACUGAAUCAUGGGAACGUCUGGAUUCGAUAGUUCUGCAGUGGAUAUACGGGACUAUAUCCCAAGAUCUUCUACACACUAUUUUGAAGCCGAACACCACUGCCUUUGAUGCAUGGACUGCUCUCGCCAACCUGUUUCAAGACAAUAAAGCAACCCAAACCAUUGAUCUCAACAAGAAGUUCGCUAGUACAAGGCUAGAUCAGUUCCCUAACAUGUCGGCUUAUUGUCAGGUGAUGAAGGUUAUUUUCGACCAACUCCAGAAUGUGGGCUCUCCAAUCACAGACGAGCAGCUUGUCCUACAACUUCUAACGGGUCUCACCGAGCAAUAUGAAGGUAUCACUAUGAUCAUUCAACAAACUAAACCUUUACCAGAUUUCUAUGAUGCUAGGUCCCAUCUAUGCAUGGCCGAAACAAGGAAAAUCAAUCAGGCUAAAGUUGCCGCUCAAGUUGCCGGUACAACCCUAACCGCAACAACUGACCAACACUCAUUAAGAUCGUCUCGUCAAGAACAACAAACCGAAACUUCUGAACGUGGCAGGGGGCGCGGCCGGGGACGUGGCAGGGGACGCGGCCGCGGGUCAUCUACUUGGGGUCGCGGUACCAACAACCUCGCGCCUACACAAAACUAUUAUCCCUGGCCCAAUCAGUUUCAAACAUGGCCCGCUCCACCUGGUUACAGCCCACCUACCUGGAACUCGUGGACUCGCAUUCCACCGUGCCCCUAUCCUACAGCCCUUCGGCCCAACAGUGGUGGCUCAGGUGUACUAGGUCCAAGGCCUGCUCAAUCAUAUGCUGCAAGUUACACUCCAACCAACAUUGAUCAGGCACUCUAUGCAAUGUCUCUCAACCCUCAAGAUCAAACUUGGACCAUGGAUACUGGCGAAACAGGAUCUCAAGACCCGGACCCUUAUCCUACGAUGCAAUAGCUCCGGGGACCUCUACACAUUUGAUCCAUCACAAGUCUCCAAGCUCACCUCUCCUACCGCCCUCACAACGAUUACUCAAGACACCUGGCACCAACAUCUCUGCCACCCAGGAUCUACUUUAUUACAUUCACUUAAAAAUUCUCGUUUUAUUAAUUGUGGUACUUUAAAACCUAAGUUUUGUCAAUCUUGCGUGUUUGGUAAACAUAUUAGACUUCCAUUUGUUGAUUCACUUAA